CUUGUGAAAAGCAAAAGAUAAACCUUUGCCUCUCUCCCUCUUUCAUUUGUUUGCACCGCUUCAAAGGUAGGCCAUUAAAAGAAUAGUUAGAAAUCUCAAAUCCCUUUCUCCAUAGGGCUAGUGAAUCUGAAGAAAAAACCCAUUAAGCUCAUUCAGAUCCCUACCAAAUCUGCAACAAAAAUACCAUGAUUUGAUCCAAAAAUCCAACCCCAAACAAAAUGGGUUUUGGUUUUUCUUCAAAACACUUGUUCCCUUUCCUCUCAUUCCUUGUUUUCUCCUCAUUUCUUCAACUUCAUCCUCCAGUUGAAGCAGCUUCCGACUACACCACUCUGGUCUACAAAGGUUGUGCAAAGCAGUCUUUCACAGAUCCAGCUGGGGUUUACUCCCAGGCCUUAUCCGCCUUGUUCCAAACCCUGGUUUCCCAGUCCAUGAAAGUGAAGUUCUACAAGACAACAACCGGCACCGGCCAAACAACAAUCACCGGUCUCUUCCAAUGCAGGGGAGACCUCAGCAACAGCGACUGCUACAACUGUGCUAGCAGGCUCCCAACUCUGGCCGACAAACUCUGUGGCAAAACAUUAGCUUCAAGGAUCCAACUUUACGGCUGCUACAUGUUGUAUGAAGUUGCCGGCUUUGCUCAAAUCUCCGGCAUGGACAUGCUGUUCAAGACCUGCGGUGCUACAAAUGUUGCCGGGACUGGGUUUGAAGAGAGGAGGGACACUGCCUUUUCUGUAUUGGAAAGUGGGGUUGUCAGCAGCCAUGGCUUUUACACCACGAAUUACCAAUCUGUUUAUCUUUUAGGGCAAUGUGAAGGAGAUGUGGGGGAUUCGGAUUGUGGAGAGUGUGUAAAGAGUGCUGUUCAAAGAGCUCAAGGUGAAUGUGGGAGUUCCAUUUCAGGUCAAAUCUAUCUCCACAAAUGCUUUAUCAGUUACAAUUAUUAUCCUAAUGGGGUCCCUAGAAGGUCAUCUUCUUCUUCAUACGCACAUUCAUCAUCAUCAUCAUCAUCACCAUCAGGAACAGGACAAAAUACAGGGAGGACAGUGGCUAUAAUAUUAGGAGGGGCAGCAAGUGUGGGAUUCCUUAUCAUUUUGCUGAUGUUUGCAAGGAAUGUCAUGAAGAAAAAACGUGAUGAUUUCUGAAGGGUUCAUCAGAGUUCAUUAGAGGUGGGAUUCCUUCAUAUAAAUUGAGUGUCUCACCUAUCAUAUUUUUCAGUUCAAUUUUAAUUUUAAGAUGUGCACAUUUUUGUUAUUCUCCAAUGAAGAUGUGGGGGAAAAAAUUGUAAAAUAAUUAUUCUUCAUUUUUCCUCCAUAAUUUAGCAUCUUUUUUUGUUUCUUGG